AUGACUCUAAAUAGUGGAUUCAAUAUGGGUCUAAAUAGUGGAUUCAAUAUGAUUCUAAAUAGUGGAUUCAAUAUGAUUCUAAAUAGUGGAUUCAAUAUGAUUCUAAAUAGUGAAUUCAAUAUGAUUCUAAAUAGUGGAUUCAAUAUGACUCUAAAUAGUGAAUUCAAUAUGACACUAAAUAGUGAAUUCAAUAUGGGUCUAAAUAGUGGAUUCAAUAUGACACUAAAUAGUGAAUCCAAUAUGGGUCUAAAUAGUGAAUUCAAUAUGACUCUAAAUAGUGAAUUCAAUAUGACUCUAAAUAGUGAAUUCAAUAUGACUCUAAAUAGUGGAUUCAAUAUGGGUCUAAAUAGUGGAUUCAAUAUGACACUAAAUAGUGAAUUCAAUAUGACUCUAAAUAGUGAAUUCAACAUGACACUAAAUAGUGGAUUCAAUAUGACUCUAAAUAGUGAAUUCAACAUGACACUAAAUAGUGGAUUCAAUAUGGGUCUAAAUAGUGGAUUCAAUAUGACUCUAAAUAGUGAAUUCAAUAUGACUCUAAAUAGUGAAUUCAAUAUGGGUCUAAAUAGUGAAUUCAAUAUGACUCUAAAUAGUGAAUUCAAUAUGACUCUAAAUAGUGAAUUCAAUAUGGGUCUAAGUAGUGAAUUCAAUAUGGGUCUAAAUAGUGAAUCCAAUAUGACACUAAAUAGUGAAUUCAAUAUGACUCUAAAUAGUGAAUUCAAUAUGACUCUAAAUAGUGAAUCCAAUAUGGGUCUAAAUAGUGAAUUCAAUAUGGGUCUAAAUAGUGGAUUCGAUAUGACUUUAAAUAGUGAAUUCAAUAUGGGUCUAAAUAGUGAAUUAAAUAUGGGUCUAAAUAGUGGAUUCAAUAUGACUCUAAAUAGUGAAUUCAAUAUGGGUCUAAAUAGUGGAUUCAAUAUGGGUCUAAAUAGUGGAUUCAAUAUGACACUAAAUAGUGGAUUCAAUAUGACUCUAAAUAGUGAAUUCAAUAUGACUCUAAAUAGUGAAUUCAAUAUGGGUCUAAAUAGUGGAUUCAAUAUGGGUCUAAAUAGUGGAUUCAAUAUGACACUAAAUAGUGAAUUCAAUAUGGGUCUAAAUAGUGAAUCCAAUAUGGGUCUAAAUAGUGAAUCCAAUAUGGGUCUAAAUAGUGAAUUCAAUAUGGGUCUAAAUAGUGGAUUCAAUAUGGGUCUAAAUAGUGAAUUCAAUAUGGGUCUAAAUAGUGAAUUCAAUAUGACUCUAAAUAGUGGAUUCAAUAUGACACUAAAUAGUGAAUUCAAUAUGGGUCUAAAUAGUGGAUCGAUAUGGGUCUAA